UUUCCGCUCGAAUCUUGUUUCUUGAUCCGUCCACAAAGAAAUGUUAAGUGUUUGACCAAUAACCCCGGAGGACCGUUGUUAAAAAUAACAUGGCAUUCUUUUCUGUGCUCCUAUUCUGGAGCUGGUGCCACAUUUACGCGGGCCACGAACCACCUUGGAUCAAUGCCAAAAGUCACCGGACUUUGA